AUGUACCAGAGUCUGUCCCUGUCCUCCAGCGGGUCCCCGUACCACCACGACCCCGGGACCUACCUGCACCCGGCGGCCAGCUCCCCGGUCUACGUGCCGACCCCCCGGGUCCCGGCCAUGCUGCCCUACCUGCAGACCUGCGACUCGGCCCACCAGAGCCCCGGGCUGGGCGGGCCCCACGGCUGGCCCCAGACCUCCGGGGACAGUUCCUGCUUCUCCCCCAGCAGCCCGCACCCUCCGCACGGCUUCUACUCCCACAGCCCGCCGGGCGGCGGGGCCCCGGGCCGGGAGCCGGCCUACCAGAGCCCGCUGGUCCUCGGGAACAGCUCCCGGGCCGCGGAGCAGUACGGAGGCGCCCUGGUGCGCUCCGUGGGGGGCUCCUACUCCUCCGGGCCCUACUCCGCCUACAUGAGCCCCGAGAUGGCCACGUCCUCCUGGACCCCGGGGCCCUUCGAGAGCGGCGUGAUCAGCCUGCAGGGCCGCCACGGAGGCCUGUCCGGGAGGAGGUCCAGUCUGGACCUGAUCGAUGACUUGGCCUCGGAGGGCAGAGAGUGCGUGAACUGCGGCUCGGUGUCGACGCCGCUGUGGCGCCGCGACGGGACGGGACACUACCUCUGCAACGCCUGCGGACUCUACCACAAGAUGAACGGCAUCAACAGGCCGCUCAUCAAACCACAGAAACGCCUGCAGACCACGUCCCGGCGGGCCGGACUCUGCUGCACCAACUGCCACACCAGCACCACCACGCUGUGGAGACGCAGCGCCGAGGGCGAGCCGGUCUGCAACGCCUGUGGCCUCUACAUGAAGCUGCACGGGGUGCCCAGACCUUUGGCCAUGAAGAAGGAGAGCAUUCAGACCAGAAAACGCAAACCCAAGAUGGCCAAGAAUAAAUCAGCCAUAGGAUCCAUCAGCUCUGAGACCAGCUCCCAGACCUCCCAGUCCAUCUCAGAACACGCCUCCACCAUAAAGAGUGAACCCAGCAUGGCCCCGUCCCCCUUCGCUGGGCAGACCGUCACCUCCGCCACUCAGACAGCGUCUCAGCUGGACAGCACAGUUCCAGACCACGUUGAUAUUAAAUAUGAGGAUUAUCCCUUCACCCCCUCCUCCAUGGCCCCCCAGAACUCCUGGUGCGCUCUGUCUCAAGCCUGA